AAAAUUUGUCAAUGCAAGGAAGCCGCCAUCUUGAAAGCGUGGGGUAAAUGGUCGAAAGAUAAAGCAAGAUUUCUUCAGGAUCCCAGCGUCCAGAAGCCAUCCGUUCAAGUUUCCACGGAAGAAUUCGAACCAGGGCUUAAAAAGAAGACUUGUGACUUAACUUGAGAAGUGCAGAAGAUCAACAUUUGAAGGACAAUUCAAGAUCAGUGCAUUCAACAAUUGAAUAAUGUGCUUGUUUACAAGAGAUCAUCCCUUUGGAAUUUAAGUUAUUGUCAUCACCCCAGCUGUCAAUGACAUCAAUGGGCUUUGAGCUUAUGAAGUGUGAAAAAUCUUACCAGUAACUGUUAUUAUUGGGAGCUGCUUGGGUGCACAUUCUCCUGGCUACAUUAGAUUUGAGGUCUUCAUUGUAAUUAACCUGAGUUGUUGCAUUCUGGAUUCUUCAGUCUUAACAGGAUAGCUGGGAGAAUCAGCCAAAACCAAGUGACAUAGUUUAGUGAUGACAUCACAAGGGGAUGACUGUUAUUUCUUUUACUACUCCACCUGUACAAAGGGAGAUGAAUGUCCAUUCCGACAUGAACCAGCUGCAUUAGGAAAUGAGAUUACUUGUGAACAAUGGGAGAAAGGAAGAUGCUCAAAGUCAGUCUGCAAUUUCAGGCAUAUGAUGAUCGAGAAACACAGAUCCCAAACCCCAUGUUACUGGGAGUCCCAGCCAACUGGUUGUCUGAAGCCAUUUUGUCCCUUUCUACACACCAAACCACGACCCAGUGAACGCCCAGCCAUAAAUGUCGCUGGAGUUGCUCCUGUGAUACGUCAGGCUCAGCCCCGCCCAGUCGCACCUGUCCUUGUUGCCCCUUCUUCAGCUGGCAAACAAGAAGUGAGGAAGAUACCCACCAUAUCAAGUCCUCCGAGACCAAGACCACCUAUGCAGCAAAAUGUCGCUAUACCAAGACAACCUGUAGCACCCAUCCCUUAUCCUGCAGCCACAAGCAGGCCAAUGUUAGUACCCCGGCCACCUCAGAUGAUCAGGACUCCCCAGUUCACUGGCCCUCCACGACCAUCAGGGAUGGUACAGCCAAUGCAAGCAGGCAGGGGAUUCCCACCCAUACUUUCAGGGGUUCCAGUGGGAUAUGGCGGAGGCAUCCCAACACCUCAGCAGUCAUAUCAUCAUCAUCCGCUUAUGUACACAGGAAGACCAGAAGGGUCAGCAAUGCCAUUCCUGCCAAAUAAAAUUCCCGAAGACAAAUUUGAUCAUCAAGAUUCAGACUCAUUCUCCAGCAGUGACAGUGAUGAGGAGAGGAGAAGAUCAUCUCAUCGGAGAGUGCGUAGCAGUUCGCAGCGAGAAGUCUUCGCAAGUAAUAGAAGAGAGAUAUGUAGCAGCAGAAAACAGCAAUCCAACAAACAAAGUCAUGAGAGGUACAGGAGUGGUGAACGUAAAAGACCUGAAGGGACUAGAGACAAGAAUAAGGCUUCAGCAGAGGCUGAACGAGAAAAGUCUAGGGCAAAAAGAAAACCUUCCAAACGGUCAAGAGAUGAAAAUGAGGGACGAGAAAGGAGGGAUAAUGAGGAACAAGACAGGAAGGACAGUAAUCAAGAAAGAAAAAGCAGUUCAUCCAUUGGCAAAGAUGAAAGUGCAAAAGAAAAAUCUGAUAAGGAAGAAAAAAGGCCUGAUGAGACAAAAGAUGCGAGUAGUCCUGGAAUUAAAGUCAAAACACUGGAGGAGAUAUUGCGUGAAAAAGCACUGAAGAAACUUGAAGAGAGAAGAGCACAGGGCAAAGUACAGAAAGACAACAGUGAGGGCAAAGCAGAAGAGAAGUUGAAUGAUGUUGUUGAGGAGAGUGAAAGGGCAGAGGAGGUAGUGGCUGGAGUAAUUGAAUCUGAAAAUAAUGAAGAACCUGCUUCAUUAGAUGGAAAAGACAACAAAAGCAUUGAUUCCUCAACAGAAAAGUCAACUGCCUCAAGAAAGGUCUCCACAAGUGGCCAAAAAUCUCCAGCGAAGAAAGUUAUCAAAACAAAUAAGAUUUCAAUCAGCAAUAAAGACAGCGACAGUGUUGAAUCUUCCACUGAAAAGUCAGUUGCAACAAAAGGGAUUUCAGCAAAUGCUGAAGACGGUCAAGGCGGUGAAGAGAAAGUAAGUGCUAAUGAACCUCCGUCUCCCUUUCAAGAAGUUAGAGUGAAAUCAUUCGAGGAAAUAAUGCAGGAAAAAAGGAAAAGGAAAGCAGAAGGGUUGAGAGAAUCCUCUGAAGAUGUAAGUGCAGAAGUGACAGCUAGUGUUCCAGGGCAGGUAAACAGCAGCACUUCAGCAGUGACGUCAAUCCCUCCAAAGAGGUUGAAAAGGAUAGUGCGGAAAUCAUCUGGUGACAGUGACAAGGAUGCAAAGGUUGUGUCGUCAUCAGGUGUGGAGAGCACUGUAAGCAAAGUAAAACCUACAAGGAAAAGAACAGUGUAUGUCAUGGAUGGAACAAGUCCAAGUAAAGACAGCAAAGAGAAUGGUGUGUCCUCCACAGCUACGAAGGAUGACAACAAGUCACAGCAGAUUAACUUGAAAAAGGCUGCAGCAGCUGAGCGUCUCGGAACACAGGAAGUCAAGGUGAAAAGCUUUCAAGAAAUCAUGGCUGAGAAGAGACAACGAGCAUCUCAGGAGAAUAUUGAGAUUCAAAAGAGUAAAGACGUACCUGAUCAAGAAGAAAAAAGACACAACAAUGUUUUGAGAAAAAGUCAACAGACCAUGCCUCUGAAGACUGCUAGAGCACAUGUGAUAAAACCAAGAAAGAUCAAGGUUUGGACACAGGGAACUUCCAAAGUGAAAGCUAAAGAAGAUGAUGUAAGCAGUAGUACAACAGAUGCAACGCUAAAUGAACAGGAAUCACAGGAUCAAGCUGUUCCAAGUGACAACUUAGAAACAUCAAAAUUAGCCAGCAUUCGACCCGAUACCAGUGAAGCUGAAUCCUUAGUCACUCCAGGACUUACAUUGACGCUGAAUGAACCCCCUCUAUCUGAUCAAACCAUACCUGACAAAGACAGUUAUAUCAGUAAAGUGACUCCUGUCAGAGAUGCUAGUGUUGGGCUUCAGCGGGGUGUUGAUGACAAGAUCCUGGUGGAUUCAGCAAGUAAAGAAGCAGAGCCUUGCCCAGAGACCACUGGAAUGGAUCAGGAACCUGAAGGGAUAUCCAGCAGUCUACAAAAACCACAAGAUUCCUUGUCAGAUCAUCAUGGAAUGGAUGACACAGACCAAGCCAUGGAGCAACAGCCAACUGAACCCAAGGAACCAAAGGAAUCAAAGGAACCGCCAUCUUACGAUGAGAUCAAACAAGCCAUAGCAAAUCAGAUGUCUAAGAAGGACGACUUCUUCGGAGACAUUGAUAUGAUUGACGCUCAUUUUUAUUUGGGAGAAGACGAUGGAGACGUGGAUGAACAUUUGGACUUGAAUGAGGACGAUCUGCUCAUGGAGCUGGACGAGAUGAUUAAUGAUUAGAGAGAAAAACGAAAACAAUAAAAAACAGAAUAAACAAGACACUUGCAAGGGUUAAACGGGAUCGUAAGAUGAAGCUUUGUAUCGUGAGAAAGAUGUACUCUGAAGGAACAAAGAAGAACUUGCUGGGGCUAAACAGGAUCGAGAGUUGAAGCUUUGUAUCUCGAGAGACAAGUGUUCUGAAGGCCUAAUGAGAUGAUCCACCAAUGGAAAAAGGGAGAAGAAAAAUCUUUCAAGAAGUUAGCAUACAGUGCCAACCUUUUUGAUUCGUAAAAUGGAUGUAAAGAUGACUCGAUGAAAUGAUUAACCAGUGAAAAAUACACUUCCAAGAGGUUACCAUGCAGAGACGGAGGAAGAGAUGGAAGUGAUGACUUCACGUUAUUUGCAUGAAGUACAUUCGCUUUGAUUUGUAUCAGUGAAAGCAGAAACAAAUACAGCGUUUUACUGGCCUGGCUGACUGCUUGACAUAAGGCCGUUAUUUUGUCAAAUUUAAUUUAACGUAAGUUCAACUGACAUGCGUAAACACCAGACUACAACUGUGAAGCCACGGCAACUGAGAAGUAAAUACUAAUUCACUAUGUGAUUCAAACAUACUGCCUGAAACUGCUGUGGUUAUAUUACACGCGUUUUGCUGGAAUUACAUGCAACGUUCCAAGAACCUUGCCUCGGUACUGUCACAGCUCAACUUGCCAAACGUGUAUCAGUGUUGGUGAGGCACAGUAUUUGCAAAACCGCCAGACCCGCUAGUCACACGAAGACUUAAAACUGUCUGGCGAAGGGAAGCAGUCCUGGUUGGUUUAUCACAUGGAGACGCUCCGAAAAGUUGAUUACGCGAACUUGUCGCUGUAGUGAAGAGCUGUCUGUCAGAAGUCACAAAAACAAUUUUUUCCAAUCCAAGUCAGAAACACAUUUUGGAUUGAUAAUUUUACUGAGGUCGUUGUUGUGCUAAACAUUGUCAAGAACGUGACUAUUUACAACGCUUUGGAUAGCUGUUCUCAACUCAGCCCAGUUUGUACGACAGAAAGAUAUGAUCCAUGGAAUAAAAACCUAUGAACUGCCAUAUAUUCAAAUAUUCAACUGACGGCAAAGAAAACCUAACAAAUUAGCCACCUAUUAGAGUAUUCAACGAAGAUUGAAGAGAGCUUAUAUUUCGCCCCUUACACGUACACCUUUCCUCAUAACCUGGAAGACGUGGACAUUGUGAGGGCAUUAUAUGGCUUGCCUUUUACACUGUUUACUGAUCAAGUUAAGACUUUCACAAGAGAAUCCAGCAACAGCUAGUGAAUAAGAUCUGGGCCGGCGAUAUUUUUGUCGGUGACGUUACUAAGUAACGUAACGUGUCAUCCCGCCAUUGAACGUUUCAACCAGAGUGGACUUACAGCCUGUUGUAAGAGAAACUUGUAAGAUGAAGACAAUAUGAAGACAGUUCAUUAUUGUUAGAUUUGCCGUUGGAAAAGAGUUCUACCAUAUGGAUGUGAAGAAUUGUUCGUCAGUAAAAAGUAAUGCAGAUUAGAUGUGCUUGCCGUCUAAUGUUUAAGCUUGUUUAGAAUACGGACAGCCGAACUGGGAAACGAUUGACCGCGCUUAAACAAGUUUAGAGCUAGGAUAUCGGUUUUAUUUUUAAAGAUGAGGUUCAAAACAUGUUAAAAUGACAUCAAUCAGAAGCAGUGCAAAUGGAAGUGAUAUAUUGUGAAUGUUUCAUUUUACAGAAGAAUUUCUGUUCGAGUAGUACUGUAGUUAAAAGAUUCAAAUUUCACUGAUUUAAGUUUUUUUCAGAAAAUUGUAAAUAAAGAGUAUUUCACCGUUAGGUUAGAUGUUUCGUGGAUUUGGUUAAGAAGUGAAGAAUUUCAACACUACAUGUAAAUAGGUACAGAUUUUAUAACAUUGUAAAGCGUAAAUAAUAUCGUAAAGGCAGUUAUAUCAAAAGCAACGUGCAAUCCAGUUUUUCCCAUUUUACUGACUUACUUGCCAAGAAACGUUCUUAAUUCAUUGCAUCUACCAACAAUAAAUAACCUUAAAUGGGAAAACAACGCAAGAACAAUCUUUUCAAGUUGAAUUAGCUAUUUCUUUCCUAUUUUACUAACUUAACUGUCAAGAAACGUUCUUAAUUCAUUGCACCUACCAACAAUAAAUAACCUGAAAAGAAAUGGGAAAACAACGGAAAAACAAUAUUUUCGAGUGUAGAGCAUAAGCUGUUUUUUAAUCAGUUGAUCUUACAACUUAAGGGUUUGAGAAAGAAGUGUUCAAGCCAUAUCAUAUUUCAUGUGUAACUAGAGAUGUUUGAAAGUUAACCAAAUUUUGAAGGACGCUCAACUUGUACUUGUGUUGCUUUUGUUUUUGCGUUUGUAUUGUACUUCUGAAAGAACUACUUUAGUCACCAGUUCUAAAGGUGAUGGCAACAAAAUCUUGGAAGAGAGCUUUAAAUAUGUUUGAAUUGUUAUUUUGUGUAACAAACUCAAGUCGCAUAUGGGCAUCUUUAGAAAGGUUGUGGGCAGACUUCCGUCAGCUCUCCGUUCUGAUUAUUUCCAAGUUUAUUAUUUUACAGAUUGUCCAAGACUAGUCUGAAUUAAUUAUUAGAGGAACAAGGGCGUUUGUAAAGUUUUUUUUGUAUUUGAUUUUUUGUUUUUGUUUCUUUUGGGGGGUGGGGGGCGUAUUUUUUAUUUCUCCACUUGACGACACGAAUCGGGUUUAUACAUAAACAGGAUUAAGAUAAGGGAACUUGGUUUAUCGACCUCUUUAACAUGCUUGUUGUUCCAGACUGAAAUAUUUGGUAUAAUGGCUCAUAUACGGUGGAACCUCGAUUUAACGAACCUCUAUUUAACGAGGUUUCACUGUGCCAUGAUGGAACCUCGAAUUUCAUUAUCCUUUGAUCCAGUUUUUAAUAAACUUUGUUAAUUGAUGGUUCAGUCCAUAUUGUAAGACACUUAUUUCAAAACUCAAACAUUCUAAUAAUCAGAUAAACUACCUAUUAUCGAUCAUCUGAUUCGAAAUUCACUGGGGACUCCAUAAUCACACUAGACUAAUUACUUCCAUGAUGUUCACGGAGAACCUUGUUUAGUUCAGUCUUUAUUGACUUCUUUCAAUUUGGUUAUUUAUACUUCCUAAUUACCUAACUACAGCUCUUUACCAGGCCAUCUAGUCACUUCACUUCCGUAACGUAACCGAGACAAACGAAACCGACUGACCGCGGCGACGCCUAAGAACUAGAAAACUAUGUUAUGCUGUAAUCUAAAAAUGAAAUCCCAUUUCUUCCUUAGUACACCAACUGAAACCUUUUUCCCUAAAACAGGUAUAUUAGAAAUUGCAAAAAACAAACAGCAACACUAACGAACAAAACCCAUUUACACAAUGUCUUCUUCACAAUAUAUACAUCGUAUUUAGCAAUAGCACUGAGACUAUCAGAAUUCUUCAGUUUUUAGUUAAUAUUUGUCCUUAAUUUAUAUCAGUAAUUUUAAUUUCUAAUUACUGUUACUGAGUUUGAGGAUUUUAAUGUUACUUAAAGACAGUCCCCGAGUUGGUGAUUUUAUUUCUUCUCAGCGCCUGUCCACUCACAAAAUGUUUUAACAACAGGCGGGGUGAAUGAAGAGCGUGGUAGAAUGUGAAAACAAAGAAAGCCUGUGCUAAGUUAUUAGAGCGACCUGCACCGUUACACUGUAACAAGGUUAUU